AUGACGGACCAAGUUUAUAAUGACGCAAAAUCGCGCAUUCUUCGCUGCAUUACUAAAUUAAAAACCUUUGCACAAGCUUCUAUUGAGUACAAUAACGAGCGUGGAAGUGCUGGUAAACGAGCGAAGAUUUCAAAAAUGAUCACUGAGCUUACCCCUAUUCGAAAUACAGUUGAGGACGAUGUCCAAAAAAUGGAAUCAGCCGUUAAUUCGCAUACAGCCCCUGUUGGGAUAACGGAUACUAGUGAAAGUCAGGCCCUUAUUUCGUCAUUCGACAGUCUUUACUAUGAGUUGGCCGCCUUUGCUGAUGUUCACAAAUUUACCAUGUCACCUGUGAUGGACACAGCUUCGACUUCAUUUUCAAAUCAAACCAAUAGUUCACAUAGCUUAUCAGCCUUUCAGUUACCAAAACGUAAAUUCCCUACAUUCUCUGGUGUGUUGACGGAGUGGCAAAGCUUUGACGACUUAUUCACAUCAAUACUUUCACACACUCCUGACCUGCCAGACGUUGAACGUUUUGAGUAUUUGAAGAUGUCUCUCACGGGUGAAGCUCUAGCCCUUGUGUCGCAUCUCUCGCUAACCGCUACCAACUAUACAAGUGCUUGGAAAAUCUUGCGGUCCCGAUACGGCAAUAAACGUGAUCUCGCUCGUGUUCACUUAGAUUCUCUUCUUGCUCCACAGAUAGUUAAAUCGAAUGACGCUACCUCUAUUCAACAGCAAAUUAACACAAUAUUAGAGAACACAGCUGCUUUGGAUAACCUCGAUUUUGUAACCCGACAGUGGAGUCCUCUUCUGGUGCAUGUUUUUGAGAAGCAUUUAGAUUACGAAUUACGUGCUCGGUGGGAAUUAGUCGUUGGGGAUAAUUACUAUCCCCAAGUCUCUGAAUUUGUGGAUUUCUUGCGUAGCCAUCUGCGUUCUGCGGACAUCUAUUCCAGUUCUGUUUCAGUUAACCAACCAGAUGAUGUUUCAAAACCCCAAAGGUCUUUUAAGCCACAAAGUUUUAAACCUCGCUCGUCAGGUCGAUCCACAGUCUUAGCCGCAACUACCAGUAAUGUGUCUGAAAAACCUUGUCCACUAUGUAGCGCACCCCAUUCGAUUAGAACAUGUAAGCUAUUUACUGAUCAGUCGCCAAGUGAGCGCUUUCUUAUUGCCAAAGACCAUCGGUUGUGUAUAAAUUGUCUGGGGUCCGGGCAUUCUUCAAUGAGAUGCAAUUCGAAGUAUAAAUGUCAGACAUGUAAGAAAGCUCAUCAUUCACUGUUGCAUUUUACUCCUACUGCUAGUCCAUCAACAAAGUUAGGCCCAGGAUCAUCAAACACUCUAUCCACUAAGACGCCAGAGCCUCUGUCUUCGGUUGGGUCACAUGUUGCAACUACAUCGUGUCUUGUUAGAGGACAGCCGCAGCAAAUCGUUCUAUUGUCCACAGCAAUAGUUGAAGUCUAUGCUGCCGAUGGACGGCGACACGCUCUAAGAGCGUUGUUAGACAGUGGGUCUCAAGCUAGCUUUAUCACUGAGAAAGCGGUGUGUGCUCUUAUGCUUCGUCGUUUCCAUUCGUCGGUCAGCGUUACUACGUUUGCUAGUUCAGCUUCUACCGUUGUUCGGGGCAAAUGCAAUAUUAAGAUUGCUCCCACUGGUCAACAAUCACCUUCGUUUUGUUUAGAUGUAUCAAUAGUUCCUCAAAUAACUGGACCAACCCCUCAAACUCCAAUCACGCCAGGGCAUUGGGCCCAUAUGAGUAGUUUAUCGUUGGCAGAUCCGUCAUAUAAUAUACCCGGUCCAAUUGAUUUACUAUUCGGAGCCGAUCUGUUUCCUUCGGUUCUCCUUGAUGGCACGCAGAAGGGUCAACCAGGUGAACCCCUCGCUCUGAACACUGUAUUCGGAUGGGUUCUCAUGGGACCAACAGAAUUUUACGACGGAUCGUCUGUAACUACAUUGUGUUUGAAUGUAUCUGAUCCCAUUGAUUCGUUAAUCAAAAAAUUUUGGGAGCUUGAAGAGUUACCCACCACGUGCCAUUUGAGUCCUGCUGAUAUUGCUGCUGAAGAAAUAUACAACUCAACUACGACUCGGCUAAGUUCAGGCAGAUUUGUAGUCACGCUUCCGUUUCUGAAGCCACGUCCACUGCUUGGUGACUCAAAAACGUUAGCCCUCCAACGGUUCAAGGCCCUCGAAUGUCGGCUGACCCGCAAUAAAGAUCUGCAAGCCCAAUACGCUGAGUUCAUGCGCGACUACCUGACAGCUGGACAUAUGGAGUUGAUUCCGCCGUCUGACCUUGGAAAUCCAUAUCACUAUUACAUUCCGCACCAUUGCGUUCUAAAACCCGAUAGCCUCACUACCAAAUUGAGAGUGGUAUUCAAUGCUUCUGCAAAAACUUCAGCUGGAAUCUCGCUGAACGAAAGUAUGCACACAGGUCCGAAAUUGCAACCUGAUAUUCAGGUCGUAUUGCUUCGAUCUCGACUCUGGAAAUACCUCUUUACAGCUGAUAUCAAACAAAUAUUUCUAGCCACAGGAGAAUCCUUUAGAUCGCUGGCAUUUGGUUACCGCAUCUCUCCUUCUGCUAUAAGCACAUUUGUACCCAAGGUUUUGGCUGCGAUACAAAAACAACUUGUACCUAUUUAUUUACCUUCACCAGACCAGAUAAACUGGAACCAAAAGGCUGAAGAAUUUAAAAAACGUUGGGAUUUUCCUAAUUGUGUUGCAGCCAUUGACGGCAAACAUGUGAGAAUAGUGGCACCUUCUAAGUCGAGAAGUAUGUAUUUCAACUUCAAAGGAUUUUUUUCUAUUGUACUUCUUGCAAUGAUCGAUGCUAAUUGCAAGUUUGUAGUUAUUGAUGUUGGUUCGUAUGGAAAGGAGGGCGAUGCAGGCAUUUUUAAUAAGUCAAAAAUGGGGUUGUUGGUAAAAAAUGAAACUAUAUUUCCGCCCUCGACACUCCUCCCGCAUUCUAACAUCUUGGUGCCUCACGUAAUAGUUGGUGAUGAAGCGUUCAGGUUAAGUGAGCAUCUAAUGAAGCCAUACUCCAAAACACAAAUGUUAGAAGAUCCGAAUAAAAGGAAGUUCAAUUACCGACUGAGCAAAGCCAGAAGAGUAUCUGAAAAUGCUUUUGGAAUUAUGUGUGCAAUUUUUAGAAUUUUUUUCACUCCCAUAAAUCUGAAACCUGAAACUGUAGACUCGGUAAUUGUAGUGUGCUGCUGCUUGCAUAACAUGCUCAGAGAUGAUUAUAUACAUAGAAAUCCCUCCCAACUGGUUAUAUACCAAGACGUAGAAGAUUUCCCUACACAAAAUAUGAUUCCUUUAGCAGGUACAGGUGGUUUUACCAAGUCUGACGGAUUUCAAGUGAGAAGUCGAUUUACUGAUUACUUCAGUACCCAGGAUUUUACUAUUUAA